UUUUUUUUUACGUAUUUGUAACUGGUAUAGUAGCAGGGUUCCGAGUGGUGAAACAAAAGAGGGUACAGCUACUGUAGGGGUAAAAGGGAAGGGUUCUGCACACUCACACAUCACAACUUGUUUCACACGCACAGAGAGAGUGCUGCAUGGCGAUGGAAAGUCGACUUGAAUAAUUAAGGAACCUGCAACCCCCGAAUCAAAUUUCCAGGUUCCAGGCAAAUAGUGAAGUCAUGGCAGAGAGUCACAUAAUGUCAUCAGAAGCACCCCCAAAAACCAACACAGGCCUGAAUUUCCGUACAAAUUGCCGAAUGGUAUUAAACCUGCUUCGUGAAAAAGAUUGUUCUGUUACAUUUUCUCCGGAACAGCCUUUGACACCUGUGACUGACCUUGCUGUUGGAUUUAGUAACCUAAGUACCUUCAGUGGUGAAACUCCCAAACGCUGCCUGGACUUGUCCAACCUUGGUGAUGAGACUGCACCACUGCCAACAGAGUCUCCUGAUAGAAUAUCAUCAGGUAAGGUGGAGUCACCAAAGGCACAAUUUGUCCAGUUUGAUGGCCUAUUUACUCCUGAUCUCGGGUGGAAAGCAAAAAAGUGUCCGAGAGGAAACAUGAAUUCUGUUCUGCCACGCCUUCUUUGCAGCACUCCAAGUUUUAAAAAGACCUCAGGAGGACAGAGAAGUGUGUCUAAUAAAGAAAAUGAGGGUGAGCUGUUUAAGAGUCCAAACUGUAAACCUGUUGCUUUGCUGCUACCACAAGAAGUAGUUGAUUCACAAUUUUCUCCAACACCUGAGAACAAGGUGGAUAUCUCCCUAGAUGAGGAUUGUGAGAUGAAUAUCUUGGGAUCCCCCAUAAGUGCUGAUCCCCCUUGUUUGGAUGGCGCACAUGAUGACAUCAAAAUGCAAAAUCUUGAUGGAUUUGCAGAUUUUUUUUCUGUUGAUGAAGAGGAAAUGGAGAAUCCUCCUGGAGCUGUUGGUAACUUGUCCUCUAGCAUGGCAAUUCUUCUGUCGGGACCCCUUCUAAAUCAAGACAUAGAAGUCAGCAAUGUAAACAAUAUAUCUUUAAACAGAAGCCGCCUUUACCGCUCACCUUCUAUGCCAGAGAAACUUGACAGGCCAAUGCUUAAACGGCCAGUGAGGCCACUAGACAGUGAAACGCCGGUCAGAGUGAAAAGGAGACGUAGUACCAGCAGCUCCCUUCAACCACAGGAAGAGAACUUCCAACCACAGAGGAGGGGUACUUCUCUUAAAAAGACGCUUUCUCUUUGUGAUGUGGAUAUCAGUACAGUUUUGGAUGAAGAUUGUGGUCACAGACAGCUAAUUGGAGAUUUUACAAAGGUUUAUGCUUUACCCACUGUUACUGGCCGACAUCAGGACCUCCGAUACAUCACUGGAGAGACUUUGGCAGCAUUAAUUCAUGGAGACUUCAGCAGUUUAGUGGAGAAAAUCUUUAUAAUCGAUUGUCGUUAUCCUUAUGAAUAUGAUGGAGGACACAUAAAGGGUGCAUUAAACCUCCACCGGCAAGAGGAGGUAACUGACUACUUCCUGAAACAACCACUGACCCCAACGAUGGCACAGAAGCGGUUAAUUAUCAUUUUUCAUUGCGAGUUCUCAUCUGAAAGAGGUCCAAAAAUGUGUCGGUUCCUCAGGGAGGAAGACCGAGCCAGGAAUGAGUACCCAAGCCUCUAUUACCCAGAGCUUUAUCUCCUGAAAGGUGGUUACAAGGAUUUUUUUCCUGAAUACAAGGAACUCUGUGAACCGCAGAGCUACUGCCCAAUGCACCACCAAGACUUCCGGGAGGAGCUGCUGAAAUUCCGGACAAAAUGUAAAACUUCGGUUGGUGAUCGAAAGAGGAGGGAACAGAUUGCCCGCAUAAUGAAGCUUUAAUCUUGGGGCUCAUGCCGUUGAUCCAUUUUCUUUUUUUUUUUUUUUUUUCAAACAAAGGAUGUAAACAUCUGCCAGAAUUUUAAUUUUCUUCUAAUACUACAACCAUGAAAACUGCUACUGAUUGGCAAAUAAUUUACCUUGUUUACAUCUUUGUCACUGUGAAUUUUAUUAUUUUUACUGUGAUCGCUCUAAACAUAGUGUGUAAGAAAGCGAGGGAUGAAAGGGUACCUGUACUGCUAAAUGCUGGGAGUCCUUGUAUGCAUUAAUCCACUAGGUGGUGCUGUUUAUUUAUAGAUGCAUUGUACAUUUUAUUAUUGUGACUUACACUCUUAUCAUAGAAACAUUUAAUGCUAAUUAAAAUGGGAAGUGAGACAGUGCAAUCAAACUUCAAGGAGGAACAUAGUAAACCAAUGGAUUAUUU